AUGCCAUCAAGUUCAGCUUUAUCCACUAAAUGCUGUAAAAUUAUUGAUGAAUAUGAGACUCAAUUAUCCAAAGAAUUUGGAAAUACAUGCAUUAAAGUAGCGGGAAGUGCACCUGAAUUAAAUAAAUGCAAUAAUUUAAGGAAAGGAAGCCGUCUGGAGACUAAUUUGGUAAAUAGUGUCGUAGCAUCUGAAAGUCCAUUUAGAAGAGAUUCAAGUUUAAUAUGGCUAUCUUAUGAUCCAUCCAUACAAAAACUUAAUGAGAUCAAUAAAAUAGUUAAUGAAGAUGGUAUAGUUGUUCCUGAUAUGUGUGAUAAAUAUGUAUUGGUAGAUACUUAUACAAGCAUUUUAGCCUCAAAUAGACAACAAGCUUGCUACAUUUCACUUUUAUCUCCCCUUCCACAAGAUACCGUUGUUGGGAUAAAAUUUGGGGAUCAUUUGUGUCAAGGAAAAAUUAAUGAUACAAUGAUUGAAUACAUAUCUCCAUCUCUUCCAGUUGGACGUCAAUAUGCAAAACUAUAUUUAAAUAGUGUGAAAAUGGGUGUCAAGUUUGGAAAUGGAAGUACAAUGUCAGAAGCAAGAAGUUAUUUACCCUUUGAUGUAAUAGUUCAAGAACCAAAAUCAAGGAAAUUAAAUUAUAAGAAAAACAAAACUCCAAUACCAGUUGGGGUUAUGGGGCCAGCUCCAUUACCAGAAGUAGACAUAGAAGAUGAAGUUGAAGAAUUAUUAAUUAUACACAAACCUAGAGGAAAUGCUUCCAUCAUUUCAAGAAAGUAUGCAUUAGAUAAAUAUUUUAAAGGAACACAUUCAAAAGUUGUAAGUGCUCCAAGACGCGAAACUGGCGACUAUAAUAACUUGGAUCCGUCAAUCAAAGCUGCAGUUAACAGGGAUUUUUUAAGAAGACUCUCGAAUAUUACUUUAGAACCAGAUUGUAGAAGGACUAUUAAUUUACUGAAUGAAUUUAUUUCAAAGCUAGAUCCAGGUGCAACAGGUAAUUUAAUCCCUUUUAAUAUUAAAUUAGAGUAUUGGAACAGAGUUAUAGCUGAUGGUUGCCAAGAAAUUAUUGAUAACUAUCACAGUUAUAUUACCCAAGAAACAUCAAAUGAGAAAUCCGUUUAUAUAUUUACCAGAACUUCUCCGGAUGCAUUUGAGCCAUACAAUAUAUUUAUGUUUUCUUGUAUUAUGGACGAGGCAAACAAUAAUUAUGUACCAUUAUUACGAAGGUUUACGUGUAAUACUGAAAAUUGUGGAGAUGUAAGACUUUGGCUGUGUGUUGGAGACUGUUAUCUUAUAAAGAAUGAAGUUGCGAAUAAUUAUCGAAAAAUUGAUCUUCCUUGUCCAAUUCCUCCAAUCAUGAAAUCAAAAAAAUCUUUGCAUAUUUGGAAUAGGGCAAGAAACCAAUCCAACCAAACAAACUCAAAAUAUACAUCAAGGAAACUCGGUACUGGUAACUCUGAAUCAACACGGAGAGUUUAUGGAGGAUCAUUAGGAGCUGCUGGUGUUGGCGCAAGUGGUAUUGGAAUAGGAAUUAGUGCUAACGAAGAUAUCAAUACUGAAAAUAAUGAUUCUUCUGAGAAAGACAGAUGUAUUCAAAUUUCCAAUGAUGUUUUUCUAUUUUUCGAAAUGUGGCCUUCCAAACUUCUCCCAAAUGCUGGUAAUACCACAGAAUCAUAUUCAUUCACUAUAUGCAUUAAAAAUCACCAAUAUCACUCGGUAACCGGUAUUUCCAAACCAGUGUUAAGUUUUAUACUUCAGAAAUGGCUUACAAAAGUUCCAAUUAGUGACUGA